CAUAACCCCUCACUCAGUCGGGCGCCGGACCCCUCACCACCCGCACCACCACCGCCUCUCGCACACCCACGCCCUGAGACACCAUGUGGGCGCGCGUCUGCCUCCUGCUGCUGGCGUGGGCGUCCUUGGGGUCCUGUGUGCCCACCAGGGAGGAGGAGGAGGAUGCCCUGCUGAGGAUAACUAGACAAGCGCCGGCCUUUGGAAUCUCGCAUCUGGACAUCCGUGACGCCAUCCUGAUCCUGGAGAAGGCCAUCAAGGGCGUGGCCAACAAGCUGUCCAGACACGAGGCGCGGGAGAUGCAAACGGCCGUGGCAACUUCGCAGAAACUGAAUAGCAUUGGUUCUGGUUUGAACGAGGCCGGAAGCGGAAUGCAGGUGGUGGCGAGGCAGCUGGCGGUGAUGGAGGAACGGCUGCUGUCACUGGAGGCUUUGGUGCAAACGACCGAUGAGAGACAGAGAAUGAAGUUGGACCAGCUCACCCUCGGCCUGGACCGUCUGUUGGCGCGAGAUCUGAGCUUCCAGGACCUGCCGCCCUUGCCUGACGCCGCGCAGGGAGCAGCAGCAGCAGCAGAGGAGGAGGAGUCCGCUGUACUGAAGGUUGUCAAGAAGAUGAGUCGCAAACUGGCGGGAGUGGAGACGUUGAUACAAAGGGACAUGCGGGCUGUCUCAGAUGAGGUUACGGUCGUCGGGGAGUCGCUAGGGCAGUACAUGGACCAGCUGAACGACCGCCACGACCGCCUGGAGGCACAGCUGGGAGAGUCACGUGCUAUCUCUCAGGUGUCACUCCAGCAGCUCAACGACUCAAUUGCUGCCUCCUCCGCCACCAUCCAGCAACAGAUACAGAACCAGGAAGGCGGUGGGUGCAGCGAUGGUGGUGGUGGUGCAGUGAGUGAAGAGGUGAACAUUUGUCUGGAAACAAUUAGCCUUCACGCUUUGCAGCAGGAGGAAAAUCUUGAAAGCCUUAAACAGGAAACACGCAGGAGCCUGGCGGAGCACCUGGCGACUCUGCAGACGGUACUACUGGAAACUUUCGCCGACCAGACCCUGCUGAACACUUCCAUCUCUGAUCUGACCCAAAGCCUUUCCCGGGUCAACACAAGUACGCAGGGAGGCCUUAGUAAAUUGACCUCCAUCAUAGAGGCGUUCCAGGCAGACUCAGCGGGCUCUAUAUCGACUUUACAGGGGAAUCUUCACGAGGACAACACUAAUAUCAAGAACAUGUUGGAAGAACGCGCCUCGCAGAUGGAGAGGCUUCACAACACCGUGCUGAAGAAUGUGGAGCAGGUGAUGAUCCACACGGCAGACUCUGUGCUGGACACAAAGAGGAGCAUUGAGUUUGGCAUCCAGCAGAUCAUCCUGGAGUUGGGUGAGAUCGUGAAGAACAGCGGCAGCACCAUCAACACCACGCUGCACGACCAAAUCAACAGCAUCUCCUUCGCCAUCCUCAAGAACCAGACGUCGGCUCUUACCAACAUGACGGCAAGGAUGGAGCAGGAGAUCUCGCAGGUGUGGCGGCAGAUCGGCAUCAUGUACCAGCAAAUGACCCAGUCCGUUGACCUCCUGGACGAGCUCAAGGACACUACCAACGAGCACAUGAACGCCUCCCUCAGCCGCGUAGGGAACAUGGACGGCACGGUAGGGAAGAUCAACUCCAAGGUCAUUGACGUGGAGAAUAACCUCAACUAUUUGCUGGGUCGUCUUUCCCUCGUCGUUUCCGAGUUCAAUCUCUUGAAGAAUGGCGUUGGUGAGGAACUGAUGCGGCUCCGAGACAACCUAGCCAGCCAAAAUAACAGUCCUGUAGAGUUCGCAGAGGGAGGAGAGCCGUUAGCCGACAGCCGCUACGAUGUGAACCGUAAACGAGAUGCUCCUCUUUCUCACAACAGAGCAGGAGCCUUCUAGCGGUGCCCGGCUACCUAGCGCCUCGUGGCCUCGCCUAGCGCCGGCCAUUGUAGUGUGUAUUGUAAGCUAUAGUUGUCCAUCUGUCAAUCGGUCUUCCUUCUCCUUGUAGCUAUUUGUAUGUCUUAUAUGUGCUUGGUUCCAGUAGUUACUUGAAUAAAGCGGAAUUAUUAA